AUGGACAACCAGGACGACCUGGAGCACCCUCUCCUAGGGGACAGCCCCCACCCGGGCCGAGGACUCCUGAAGGGGGUUUUGGUGCGCUGUGAGGAGGACCGGGUCUACCCCCCGCUGGCCUGGAGGGGUUACUGCGGUGGGCCCACCCACCACCUCCAGCACCCGCAUCAGCAGCAGGUCCUGGACCCCUGUUCCCUACCGCGUAACCUGGAGUCCUGCUACCCCCCCUCGGGCCUCUGGGGUCCAGCAGAACCCCUGCUGAACAAGGACUACCUGGAGACCACCUUCGUGGACAUCCACCCUGGGUCCAUGCUGGAGAGGAAGCUGCUGGCAGAGGCCCAGGACCUCCAGAGUCUGUCCUACAGCGACGAGGAGGACCUGCUGCCAGACUUUGAGGACUCGUCCAGCGAUGAGUUCAGCGAGUCGGACAGCGAUAGCGACUUCCCCCUGAUGAUCCCCCAGGACCACCUCGGUCUCUCCUUCUUCUCCAUGCUCUGCUGCUUCUGGCCACUUGGCAUCGCUGCCUUCUACCUGUCACAGAAGACCAACAGGGCCUCUGCUCAAGGCGACUAUGAAGGAGCAACCGCUGCAUCGCGCCACGCCCUCUGGCUCUCGGUCCUCUCCAUUGUGUUCGGCAUCAUCACCUACAUCUGCGCCAUCGCUGCCCUCAUCUCCUACCUGUCCGUCAAACCGCCCUAACGCAGCCUAAGGCCGGGCGGAAGGACACGCAGGGUGGAGGAAGAAGUAUUUCCCUUUAUGCACCAAUGACAUUGACUCUCUCUGUGACACACAUGAAGAAUUGACUUGAUUCAGUCUACCUGCUUGGACCUUGGCAUGGUACAUGUUUUACAGACAUAAAACCUGGACCGGAAUCGGACAACGCGACUGGAGUUGAGAUCUGGUUGACAUCCAUCAUGGUUCAACUCAAUGGUGACUCAUUGGACAUACAACCAUCACAAAUCAUCAGGUUUCAAAGUACCUGAGACGUUUAUUGCAAUCUAUAACUCAAAACUACAGAAGCCCUGUCCGUCAAAGCAGUUUUACCAGGUCAAUGAAGGACUUAAUCAAGAGCCUACAAACCUUUAUAUUUCGUGCAUGUUGUCAUUUUUCUUUGGAUGUGUUUCUUUCCUCCUAGUUCAUGUUCAGACUUCAGCUGCAAGAACAAAAACACGGGUCACAACGUUGUAGAUAGCACGAAAAAAAACCACUCACUGGACGUUGAUGGUUGGAAUGAUGUGAUUGGACGAUGGUGGUCGUGUGCAAUGUAACAGAGGCUGCAGAUUUAAGGACCAGUCCCGACCAGGCCACUAUCACUGCUCCUGGUUGCCCCACUUUCCGAGGUUGUGAGAGGCCUACAGAGUACCUGAAAAAACGUGUUACAUUUAAUAAGACAAUUUAAAUCCACUGCUAUUUAUAGGUUUUGUUUGUUUACCAUGUAAAUAGAAAUGUGCCAAAAGAAUAAGGUAAGAUACAGUAGAACUUUAUUCUAUUAUAUGACGGGAGAUUUGGAAAAGCAAGGAAUAAGAGUUGAAUGGAAAGCAUGGUGUGGUGACUAUGUGAUGAAGGAGGACUAUGUUGCUGGGAGCUGAACCUUGGAGACGAGUACUGAUCGCGGAAGACAUCUCAGGAGAAGAGAGAUAUUAUUUUAAAAGGCAGUGAGCGAGACGCCCUCUCUCCUUCUCGCCUUCAACUUCUAAGAUGGAAUCCUCUGAAGAAAAUAAGCCUAGUCUAUGCAUGGUACGCUCUGACACACUCCAUUGGAUGCGUUUUGUUAAGAAAAAGACGGACAAGGCGCUUUUAAAAAAAGAAUUGCUGACAUCCACUAUCCCCGUCCGCCCUCCCCUCCGUCUGAUUGGACGAGACGUUUAAGCAUUCGGCAUCCAUUACAUGCAUGAUCUGUUGCGGCAACGGCUGUAGUCCCGGUGAACUCAGCGAAUACUGCAUGGUGAGUCUGCACUCUGCUACGCUGCUGCUCCCAGCUUCAUCUGCAUCCCUGCUCGACUGCAGGAACAGCUUUGUGUGCUUCAUGAACGUCCCCCUGGAUCCGAGUGCUCUGGCCGCAAUGUACCACAAAACAAACCUCCUCAAGGAAAUUCAGACAGGACAAAAAACAUGAUAUCGUGCUAUAACAGGAUAUUUUAUAUUUAGAUAUAUAAUAUAGUUUUAUAGAUAUGGAAUCUACGCUGUUAUGAAUAACCAUGCUUUGUCAAAACAUCUUAAGAACAGCUGUUGAGACUUGCUUCCGAAGAUCUACAAUCUGUAUGAACACUUUAACAAUCUGUGGUUCCUCUCCGUCUACAUGUUAUCUACCACCAUUGUGGAUAUGCUGUGGUUUAACCUCUUUUUGAGUCUGGUGAUGACACUGCUGGACAGGGCGUUCCACAAGCUUCUCACACUAUAACGUUAGACACACCAGUCAAAUACCUGUUCCUUUGCCGGUACAAUAAACGGGGGCCCUAUUUAGCUGAAAGUGUGUUGUUGAUUGGCAAGCCAUUUCAAAAGCUAGUGGGUGGACACACCUACCUAAUGUCACAAUAUGGUAGUUUGAAUGGGUUUGAAAUGACUCAAUCAACAUCACACUUGUUGGUAAAAUAGACACUUUAAAAGUCACAAUGAACAUUCUAAAUGCUUAUUGAGACAACUCUAGCCUUAGAGAAUAUGGGGUCAAACUAAAGCUCUAAAUAAAGAAAGAAUGGGUGGUUGGGUGUAUGAUGUGAAGCACUCAGUUAGAACACCAAGCCAACCCCAAUAGGUGAACGGCCACUAACUGUCCUACAUUAUAUCAGCAAUGCUGUACACCUUCCACCUCAGCUUCCUUGUAUUUAAAAUGUUAAUACAAAAAAAAUGUGUAAAAACGUAAUAAAUGCACUUGGUUUCAGACAUUGAUUUUCUUUUGAUAAUGCAUGUGUCAGAAAGGGUUCAUAAUCAU